AUGUCAUCCGAAAAGUCAGGCCUCCCCGACUCAGUCCCUCACACCUCUCCACCACCCUACAAUGCCCCCCAGCCCCCGGCCGAACCUCCCGCCCCGCCCCCACAGACAGCCCCUUCCUCGCACCAUCACCACCACCACCACUACCACCAGUCUGGCACUGCCACCCUCCCGCGCUUAGGGGCUGGGGGCCUGGCUUCCGGGGCCGCCGCUCAGCGCGGUCCCUCAUCCUCCGCCACCUUGCCGAGGCCUCCGCAUCACGUCCCGCCCGGCCCGGCCGCUGGGGUACCCCCACCCGGCUGCGCUACCUUGCCCCGCAUGCCACCCGACCCUUACCUGCAGGAGACUCGCUUCGAGGGCCCACUACCCCCGCCGCCGCCCGCCGCCGCCGCCCCGCCCCCGCCGCCGCCCGCUCACACUGCCCAGGCCCCGGGCUUCGUGGUGCCCACGCACACUGGAGCGGUAGGCACGCUGCCACUGGGGGGCUACGUAGCCCCCGGUUACCCCUUACAGCUGCAGCCUUGCACUGCCUACGUGCCAGUCUACCCGGUGGGCGCGCCCUAUGCCGGCGGGACCCCGGGGGGAACGGGAGUAACCUCCACGCUUCCCCCGCCGCCCCAAGGCCCAGGGCUGGCCCUGCUGGAGCCGAGGCGCCCGCCCCAUGACUACAUGCCCAUCGCGGUGCUGACCACCAUCUGCUGCUUCUGGCCUACGGGCAUCAUUGCCAUCUUCAAGGCAGUGCAGGUGCGCACGGCCUUGGCCCGCGGAGACAUGGUGUCAGCCGAGAUCGCUUCACGCGAGGCCCGGAACUUCUCCUUCAUCUCCCUGGCCGUGGGCAUAGCAGCCAUGGUGCUCUGUACCAUCCUCACCGUAGUCAUCAUCAUUGCUGCACAGCACCACGAGAACUAUUGGGAUCCGUAA